CUUCAUUUCCCAUCGUGCUGAGGCGGGUGGCAUGGCGGAGAAGGAUGACACCGGAGUUUGACGAAGAGGUGGUUUUUGAGGUAAGAGGAAAAUGGCGGUGGGUGUGGAUUGCCUUUGUUUGAGAAGGACGAGACGGAAAGCAGGGAGGCAAGGCGUUCCCGGGGCGUGGGAUCGGGUGAGGCGCUCCAGCUGGCCUCGACCACCGAACCCCAGCGAUUUCAGGGCCUAGUGUCCGUCGUCGCCUGACAGGUGUAGCCAGAGGCGCCCUGGCCGUGGCCGGCCUCUAUCUCGGGCCCCCCCAGAAUUCCCAGACGGUGCCCGGUUGCCAGGCCCUGGGCUGGAGCGGUGUCUCUUCCUUCCUGGGAAUGGAUGUGCCGCGUGGGGACUGCGCCCGGCUGGGGCGGGGCCGAAUCGUGCCUUUUAGAUAGUCACAACUUAGCCUCCUCCUUUUCCAUCCGCGAUUUUUUUGGGUCAGUAUCCAGAAGUGCUUCAGGUCACUGUUGACCGUCAAGGCGUGGCCCUCGGAAUGAAGGCAGCAGAAUUCUCCACUUUACCAAUACUUACAGGAUCUGGGACACACGGACUUUGAAAUAUGUUCUUCUUUGUCACCAAAAACAGAAAAAUGCACAACAGAGGGACAACAAAAGCCUUCUACAAGAGUCCUACCAAAACAAGGUAUCCUGUUAAAAGUGGCUGAAACCAUCAAAAGUUGGAUUUUUUUUUCUCAGUGCAAUAAGAAGGACGACUUACUUCACAAGUUGGAUAUUGGAUUCCGACUCGACUCAUUACAUACCAUCCUGCAACAGGAAGUCCUGUUACAAGAGGAUGUGGAGCUGAUUGAGCUACUUGAUCCCAGUAUCCUUUCUGCAGGGCAAUCUCAACAACAGGAAAAUGGACACCUUCCAACACUUUGCUCCCUGGCAACUCCUAAUAUUUGGGAUCUCUCAAUGCUAUUUGCCUUCGUUAGCUUGCUUGUUAUGCUUCCCACUUGGUGGAUUGUGUCUUCCUGGCUGGUGUGGGGAGUGAUUCUAUUUGUGUAUCUGGUCAUAAGAGCUUUGAGAUUAUGGAGGACAGCCAAACUACAAGUGACCCUAAAAAAAUACAGUGUUCAUUUGGAAGAUAUGGCCACAAACAGCCGAGCUUUUACUAACCUCGUGAGAAAAGCUUUACGUCUCAUUCAAGAAACCGAAGUGAUUUCCAGAGGAUUUACACUUUUGCUUGACAGGGUCAGUGCUGCUUGCCCAUUUAAUAAAGCUGGACAGCAUCCAAGUCAGCAUCUCAUCGGUCUUCGGAAAGCUGUCUACCGAACUCUAAGAGCCAACUUCCAAGCAGCAAGGCUAGCUACCCUAUAUAUGCUGAAAAACUACCCCCUGAACUCUGAGAGUGACAAUGUAACGAACUACAUCUGUGUGGUGCCUUUUAAAGAGCUGGGCCUUGGACUUAGUGAAGAGCAGAUUUCAGAAGAGGAAGCACAUAACUUUACAGAUGGCUUCAGCCUGCCUGCAUUGAAGGUUUUGUUCCAACUCUGGGUGGCACAGAGUUCAGAGUUCUUCAGACGGUUAGCCCUAUUACUUUCUACAGCCAAUUCACCUCCUGGGCCCUUACUUACUCCAGCACUUCUGCCUCAUCGUAUCUUAUCUGAUGUGACUCAAGGUCUACCUCAUGCUCAUUCUGCCUGUUUGGAAGAGCUUAAGCGCAGCUAUGAGUUCUAUCGGUACUUUGAAACUCAGCACCAGUCAGUACCACAAUGUUUAUCCAAAACUCAACAGAAGUCAAGAGAACUGAAUAAUGUUCACACAGCAGUGCGUAGCUUGCAGCUUCAUCUGAAAGCAUUACUGAAUGAGGUAAUAAUUCUUGAAGAUGAACUUGAAAAGCUUGUUUGUACUAAAGAAACACAAGAACUAGUGUCAGAGGCUUAUCCCAUCCUGGAACAGAAAUUAAAGUUGAUUCAGCCCCACGUUCAAGCAAGCAACAAUUGCUGGGAAGAGGCCAUUUCUCAGGUCGACAAACUGCUACGAAGAAAUACAGAUAAAAAAGGCAAGCCUGAAAUAGCGUGUGAAAACCCACAUUGUACAGUAGUACCUUUGAAGCAGCCUACUCUACACAUUGCAGACAAAGAUCCAAUCCCAGAGGAGCAGGAAUUAGAAGCUUAUGUAGAUGAUAUAGAUAUUGAUAGUGAUUUCAGAAAGGAUGAUUUUUAUUACUUGUCUCAAGAAGACAAAGAGAGACAGAAGCGUGAGCAUGAAGAAUCCAAGAGGGUGCUCCAAGAAUUAAAAUCUGUGCUGGGAUUUAAAGCUUCAGAGGCAGAAAGGCAGAAGUGGAAGCAACUUCUGUUUAGUGAUCAUGGGGUAAAGUCCGCAUGGAAUUAGAGGGGGAAAGUCUGCACUGGAACCUGCUGUGGCCAUUUUUUUGUUGUUGUUGCUGCUUCUCUAGUGGAGUUACUGCAGCUUAGGGAUGGUUCCUGGAAGUGGACACAUUUUACAAAAACGUUUUUUAAAUACACGCCAGCUCUUCGAGAAGCACUUUUUUCCUUCCGUCAUGCUUCAUACUAUAUUGUAUUGUACUAACCCCUCAUGCUGGGAUGAGCGACUGCCUAGCAAGCAACCCACUGCCUACUAACAUCAAGAGGGGCUAAAUAAAACUGCAUUUUCCUUGCAAGGACAACUUCUACCGUAUGAAUAUAUAUUAUAUUUAUGUAUUAUAUUUUGUACAAUAGUUGAUCUUGAAUGCAGACUUUAUUUCAUUUGUAUUUUUCGUGGUACUACAAAAUGUGUAGAAGUUAUGGCUUUACUUUCAUUAGGGUCUUGUUAGGUGGUUGGCAAGUAAGUUAAAUUGUAUAUUGCAUUUUUUUCCAUGCUGUUUUAACUUGUAAAUAUGUAUGUAUACAUGUGGAAGAUAUUAUUAUUAUUAUUAUUAUUAUCUAGAUUACUUUAAGCCUUUUAUCUAACGUAUUAUCAGUGAAAACCAUGCUGCUCAUUCCAUAAUACAAUGGUUCUCAAACUUUAGUGUGUAUCAGAAUCAAGAUGAGGGCUUGUAAAAUAUAGCUGGUCCCUACUCCCAGAGUUUCCAUUUCAGGAGGUCUGGGAUCAGGCCCAAGAAUUUGCAUUUUUAACAAAUUCCUAGGUGAUAACUGAUAAUGUUGAUUCAGGGAACACACUUUCAGAACCACUGCUUUAAUAUUUUAAAUAAGAUAAUAUGUGAGGUGUCAUAAAAACCUUCAUCAAAUCCCCAUCUCAUUUCAUUUCUUAGGCGUUUUCUCUCUUAUCAAGUUUCCUGGAUUUAUAAAUUUUCAUUGAUUUUACUAGAAAGUUUUAUUUAGCUUUUAUUUAUUUAUUGUUCUUUUUAAGAAAAAACUUAAACUGAGAGUUUGAAUUAAAAGUUUAAAUCAUUGCUAGGUCCUUAGUUAUUUUUUUUUCUUUUUUCUUUUUUUUUAUUUGAAGCCGUGUUGAAAUCCUUGUCUCCUGUAGACCCAGUGGAACCCAUAAGUAAUUCAGAACCAUCAAUGAAUUCAGAUAUGGGAAAAGUCAGUAAAAAUGAUACUGAAGAGGAAAGUAGUAAAUCCGCCACAACAGACAAUGAAAUAAGUAGGACUGAGUAUUUAUGUGAAAACUCUCUAGAAGGUAAAAAUAAAGAUAAUUCUUCAAAUGAAGUCUUCCCCCAAGGAGCAGAAGAAAGAAUGUGUUACCAAUGUGAGAGUGAAGAUGAACCGCAAGCAGAUGGAAGUGGUCUGACCACUGCCCCUCCAACUCCCAGGGACUCAUUACAGCCCUCCAUUAAGCAGAGGCUGGCAUGGCUACAGCUGUCACCAGAUUUUACCUUCGCUGCUGGCCUUGCUGCAGAAGUGGCUGCUAGAUCUCUCUCCUUUACCACCAUGCAGGAACAGACUUUUGGUGAUGAGGAGGAAGAACAAAUAAUAGAAGAAAAUAAAAAUGAGAUAGAAGAAAAGUAAGAACCAAGAUUCAUACGAAGUGAUAUUAGAUUGUUCCUUAUACAAAAGUGUUUAGCUUCAAGACUGGAAAGGGAAUAUGAGUGUAAGUUUACUAUAUAUAAAGCUAAGAUAUGGAUUUACAGGAAGAACCCUGGUUUGAAUAACUGAUCUGAAAUUAGUAGUUACCUGUAAAUGGCAGAUCUUUUAGGAAAAUAAGAGAAAGGUAAGGGCUCUUUUGAAUAAACUGCUGUUUUAUUUGUGGCACAACUGAUCAAUCUUGGAAAUUCUUUAAGUAUUUUUAAUAAGAAAUGAAUUAUCAUUUCUUGCCAGAAUUUGCUACCAUAAGGUGAUUGGGAAAAUUCUGUUGCAAGAACAUUAACGUUUAGUAUGACUCCUUUUUACUGUAUUCUUGCAGUUAAUAACUGCAGCUAUUAUGUUAAUAACAAGUUGUUUGUAUUUUAUUUUUGUUUAUACCAGUCUUAAAGAUCCAGGUUCUGAAUAAAAAAAUUAAUUGAUACAAUUGAUGUGUGCUGGGGUUUGGAACUAAAAGUAGUUUCAACAGUGCGUGGGUUAUGACAUUUCUUAUGUUUCUUUGUUCGUGUGUGUAUUUAGUAGUUAAUUUUAAGAUGUCCUAAUGAUCUUUAAAAGAAAAAUAUUGUACCAUUUUUUAGAAUUACACUUUCACCUUUCUUUUUGCCAUUGAAAGUGAUGAUGUCAAAGUGGGAUUUCUGUACUCCAAGGCCCAAACCCCCAAUUUAGCAAGCAGAAAAACGUUCCUUGUAUCACUUUACCUUGGAUAAUUGGGUGCCAUUAACACAAACAGGUCACAAUCCUGCUGUUUUCUUGCCCUGUCCACCAUAAUGAGAUUCAGGAAACAUCCUGUCAGCCUCCAGGAAAGCAUCCUUGUCUCCUUAGUAUUUCAUUUACAAACUACCUCUUAACAGAGACUGCUUUUCAAAUUGGCCAGUCUUACCUGUUUUGUGUUGUGAUUGCAUUUUCAAAGAGUGAUUAUUUUCAGCGUAUACAGUUUUGAAACCUGUAACUCCUAUGCAAUAACGUAGUUCUAUAGACAUUAUUUGGGGGAAAUGUAGGAAUAACUCAAUUUAUGUUGCUGUCCUAGAAAGGAAAUUGCAUGAUGAAUCUAGAUUGUCUUUAGAGUAAAGAAACACAUUCAAAUUCCUGUAACUUAUCACUUUUAGUGAGUAAAUUUACUUAUACCGAAGGGGAUUUUUUUUCUUUCAGGAAUCUAAGGAAAUUUACUUUUUAAUCUGAGAAAAAAACUUGGUUCUGCUUUAUAUAAACAGUAGAGAUUAUUGUACUAUGGGUGAGUUUGCCUUUUUGCCAAAAUCCUGGAACUCAUCUGUAAUUAACCUCUUAGGAGGAAUACCUUAGGUUGGGCCUUGCUUUACUACUUAGAAAUAGCUAAAUUUCAAUUUUAAAAAUCUUUGUGUGUUAUAAUUGUUAAAUUAUUCAAUAAUACUUAGGGUUUACUUUCUUAUUUAAAUCGCUUAUUUAGUUUACUGACUUCAUUUUUCUUUGGGUUUAGAAGAAGCAAUUAUGGAAAAACUUGGUAAUCUCUCUCAACCUAUAACCUUACACAGGAAGAAUUAGAGUUUAAUAAUUUUUAAUUCUUUUAUUGUAUGUUAUUUUUAUUACACCAGUUUAGGGGAAAUAUCUUCAUAAAAUUGUAUCAGUGUUAUUCAGUGUUCUCUAAGGUGAUACCUUUUAAUUUUGAAAGACUAAAUAAUUUUAAUCGAGAAUUUCCAGUCUUUCAGUCUGAUCUAUUUAAUUCACUACUUGUUACAUAAUCCAGUGAAAACUCUACUUGUUGAAAUUAUGACAUAAAGAUCUUGCAGCUUUAUUUGAAUAUUUGUUCUUUUGUGCAGUUUCCAUCUUUUAAAAUAUUUAAAAUAUUUUCAAGAUAAAGUAUUAUCUUCUCUGCAAAAAUUCCUGGAGUAAUUUUCUCUCAUAAUAUUUGAAGUCAGUGGUUCUCAGUUGUAUUAGUGGGGUAACUACAUCAAAAUAAAUAAAGUCUUAUUUUUAAAAUGCAAA